UGGUAAGCGCUCGCGGAUAAUCUAAUGAAACAACAUUAAAUGAAAUACCGUUAGCAUUGUUCACAUUUAUGAAUGUACGAGCAGAAAGGAAAUGGUUAAGAGAUUAAUAAGUUGAAGGCAAGACUUUGAUAAAUAAUAACUAAAAAUAUGUAUAAAAUAAACCAAAUAGUUUAGUAAAUUUUAAAAAAUAAAACUAAUAGGUGAGACCCAGUGUUAGUGUUAACUAAUACGCACAUGUAUAUAUGUGUGGUGUUCACGAUAUGCGAAAAUAGUUGUAUUUCUAGAUCUUUAUUACUUAAUUGAUAAGUAGUAGACAACCGUUGUGCAUAUGUACACACAUGUACAUAUGUAUGUCAAUUCAGCUAAUCAGUGUCUGACAACCAAUAGUUGUAUUGAAGAAUCGAAAUUCUGUAACGGAACAUUAAUUAAAAACCCAUCUGGCGCUUGUAAGAGACUUCAAACUGCCAAUUGCCUGAUGGAGGCCUACCGCUAUUAGAAACAUAGUCCCUUGAUAUUGCUCGGGUCCACCGCGCUAAAGCGGUGUUAAGAGAUGACACACCACGGGAUAGGGCAAUCAAUAGUUUAGGAAAGCUAAUCUUUACAUUGUAAUAAAAACGAAAUUACUAAUUCAGCUGUUCUACUUACAGUUCAUUCGGUUUUGAAUACACUUUUUCUUUGUACGAAAGUGUAGACGUGUUCCGAAAUGUACAUAUGUAUUUACAUAAAUACACAUAGUAGGCUACUGAGUUGACUAAAACUCAAUUUAUUCUCAUUACAAUAAUACGCAACUGUUUUACUCUCCCCUAUACCGGCUGCUCAACACGCCGUGGCAUUCGGCUUAUUAUUGUAAUUUGUUAAUAUACAAUACAUACAUACAUAUAUAUGUAUUUUAUACAUUGUAUGAAUGUGUAAAAGCAAAAGUAUAUGUGCUAUAUAAACGCAAGCAUUUAUACAUAAUACAUACAUAUGUACGCAGAAGUGAGCACAAGAUUGUCAUACAAAGAGAGCUGUAUAAAACCUGGUGAGUGCGCACUGGUUACUUUUCUCGGGCUUUUGCUUUUGCCUCACCUAAUUCCGUCGAUGAUGAUUUCAUUUUUUGUUUUGGCCCACCACCAUUUGUAGGCUAACGUUCAACAUUUUUAUUCAGUUGAUUUUUUCCAGUCAAACAAAGCAGAGGUGCUAGAAUAAUUGGGUACAUUUAACAAGUCAAUUUGUUCCAACUUGAAAUAUUUACCAAGUGCCUGAAAUCUACGAUUAUCAUUCCCUCAGUACAGGGCAUAUACACAAACAAAUAGUUUACCUGUGUAAUUGCAACAAAUAAACAAAGACAAUAUGUCUCAAAAGCGUGCCUCAGUGUCUACGCGGAUUUCUCGCGCCUCGACUUCCACACCAGUGGGUGGGCAGUCAGGACGUGUCGGAGCCACGAGCCCGGGCGCCACUAGUCCUACACGCACAACUCGAAUACAGGAGAAGGAAGAACUGCAGCAUUUAAAUGAUCGUCUAGCUUGCUACAUAGAUCGUAUGCGUAAUCUAGAGAAUGACAAUAAUCGAUUAACGCAGGAACUGCAAAUCGCCCAAGACACGGUCAAUCGCGAAGUGUCCAAUAUUAAAGCCAUGUAUGAGAAAGAACUGGCAGCAGCACGUAAGCUAUUGGAUGAAACUGCCAAAGAAAAGGCUAAACUAGAAAUUGACAUCAAGCGAUUAUGGGAGGAAAAUGAUGACCUCAAACAAAGACUAGAUAAAAAAACAAAGGAAUGCGCGAUCGCUGAGAAUAGUGCGCGUGUAUAUGAAUCUCGCUACAAUGAAGUUAACGGUAAGUACAACCAGGCUUUGGCUGAUCGCAAAAAGGCCGAAGAUCAAGCUAAAGACCUCGCAAUUGAAAACGAAAGGCUGCGUAAACAACUUGAAGAUCUUCGCAAACAGUUUGAAGCUGAAACGUUGGCUCGAGUUGAUUUGGAGAAUCAGAACCAAAGCCUUCGUGAGGAACUUAGUUUCAAAGAUCAAGUUCACAGCCGUGAACUAACCGAAACGCGCUCGCGUCGUCAAAUUGAAAUCAGUGAAAUCGACGGCCGCUUAUCCAAGCAGUAUGAAGCCAAACUACAACAAUCCCUUCAAGAGUUGCGUGACCAAUAUGAAGCUCAAAUGCGCGUUAACCGCGAAGAAAUUGAAUUGCUGUACGACAAUGAAAUCAAAAAUUUGCAAGCAGCCGCGAAUAGAGCAGCCAACUCAUCGGCACACGCAACCGAAGAAGUUCGCCUUAUGCGGACGAAAAUUGACGGACUUAAUGCAAAGAUUCAGGAUCUGGAGAAUACCAAUGCAGGCUUAAAUGCGCGCAUACGUGAACUAGAAAACCUCCUAGAUAGUGAGCGUGCUCGCCAUAACCAAUAUAUAGCUUCAUUGGAGGCUGAACUGCAACGAAUGCGCGACGAAAUGGCACAACAAUUGCAAGAGUAUCGUGAUUUAAUGGACAUUAAAGUUUCGUUGGAUCUCGAAAUUGCCGCUUAUGACAAACUUUUGUGCGGUGAGGAGCGGCGUUUAAACAUUUCGUCACCCAAUCAUCCUGCAACUAGCACUAACACCGACUCAGGAUACUCAAAUGGUACUCAUUUAUCUGUUAGCUCUACUUCACGUUCAGGGCGUGUCACACCCAGCGGUCGCCGUUCGGCAACACCGGGCGCUGGUGGCAGCGCUAGUGCAGUCAAACGUCGUCGCACAGUUAUUGAUGAAUCGGAGGAUCGCAAUUUAUCCGAAUAUUCUGUUAAUUCAGCCGCUAAAGGCGAUUUGCAAAUUGUCGACGCCGAUAGUGAAGGACGUUACAUUAAACUGCACAACAAGGGCACCGAUGAGAUCCAUUUAACCGGAUGGCAGUUAACUCGCAUCGCCGGCGAUGAGGAAUUGGCUUUCAAAUUUUCGCGAGGAGCGAAAAUUAACGCUGGUGCUACAGUCACAAUUUGGUCAGUGGAUGCAGGCAUUGGACACGAUCCACCACAAAAUCUGGUAAUGAAGAAGAAAUGGCCAGUAGCUGAUUCAAUGCGCAGCGUUCUGGCAAACGCUGACAAAGAGGAUGUUGCCAGCUACGACCGUGUUCGUUCAAACCUUUCCAGUCACGCGUCGAGACACCGCACAUCAGGCAGCGGUUUCACACUCGGCUCAGGAGUCGGUUCAACUGGCGUAAGGAGCCUAUUCUCACUACUUUUCUAAGAGUGCAACUAUGAAAAUAUCUUAAAACUCAGCAGGUGUUGCAGAUAAAUAUCUCUACACUAAUAUAUGCAUAGUAUAUAUGUAUGUAUCUAUUAAGGGUAAACUAGCACAAACAAAGUUAAUUAAACUUUUAAGUUUUUUAUGUGCAUUUAAACAUAUCCUAAACUUUAAGCCAAGUCUUUGUAAGGAAUUUUCGUUCAGCACAACACUAUUGCAGUUUCAACAGUUCAAUUCCCACUAUCAUUGCGAGGCUUAUCGUAAAAUACAAGUUAUAAACUCAGAGCUACUUAAAUAUGUCUCAUAUACGUUUUCACCAAAUCUAAUGUACAAAAAUAAAUGUAAUUUACAACUUUAAUUUACAUUAAAUAUGCAUUUAAAUAUGGUCAA